ACUAUUUCGCCAGCUCGGUCUUUAUUUACUUUUGUGUGGGGCGCGAUUCGUUCAAGAAGAAUUACUAUAAAACUGACAGAGGCAAAGUACUAGACUUUUCGUUUAUAUAAAUGGUUAUAAACUUCGAAAACGCUCACCUUCAGCAACCGGAAAACUCCGAUUUAUCUUUGCACAUAUAAACAAGCAUCCAAUCAGCAACACGGAACUUCUUAUCACAAAACGACGUACCCAUAAACAACAACAACACAACAAAAGAUAGCGCAACAAGCUGUUGGCCCCGCCUAUUCGGAAUUUCUGUGGACGGAGAAAGUCUCGAGGAACCUAAGCUCUGACGUGUCGCUUGCUUACGGGCGAUAGAGGAACGGAACGCAGUAGUGAUGUGCGGAAAUCCGGCUGUGGGAAACGGGACGAGGGCGUUGAUUCUGGUCGGUGGUUACGGCACCCGGCUGCGACCCCUGACCCUCAGCACGCCCAAGCCACUGGUAGAGUUUGCCAACAAGCCGAUCCUGCUGCACCAACUAGAGGCCCUUGUGGACGCGGGAUGUCGCCAGGUCAUUUUAGCCGUCAGCUAUCGGGCUGAGCAAAUGGAAAAGGAGCUGAAAGUGGAGGCUGACAAGCUCGGCGUGGAGCUGAUCUUCUCCCAUGAGACCGAACCGCUGGGAACAGCCGGUCCCUUAGCCCUAGCUAAAAAUAUUCUAGCAGCCAGUUCAGAGCCCUUUUUCGUUCUCAACUCGGACGUCAUCUGCGAUUUUCCCUUUAAGCAACUAGUGCAGUUCCAUCGUAAUCAUGGAAAAGAAGGCACUAUUGUGGUCACAAAGGUCGAAGAGCCCUCAAAAUAUGGAGUUGUGCUGUACGAUGAUUCUGGCUGCAUUAAAAACUUUAUUGAGAAGCCGCAGGAGUUUGUGAGCAACAAGAUCAAUGCCGGCAUUUACAUCUUUAAUCCCUCAGUGCUUGACCGCAUUGAAGUUAAGCCCACAUCAAUAGAGAAAGAGGUGUUUCCGACCAUGGCACUGCAACAACAGCUGUACGCCAUGGAUCUAACUGGAUUCUGGAUGGACAUCGGCCAGCCCAAAGACUUUCUAACUGGCAUGUGCCUUUAUCUCAGCUCGCUGAGGCAGAAACAAUCUCCCAAGCUAUACACAGGAUCUGGAGUGGUGGGAAACGUGUUGGUGGAUCCGACGGCUAAGAUUGGCGAGGGUUGUCGCAUCGGGCCUAAUGUAACCAUUGGACCUGACGUCGUUAUUGAAGAUGGGGUGUGUAUCAAGCGCUCGACAAUCUUAAAGGGCGCCAUCGUUCGCUCACAUUCUUGGCUGGACUCCUGCAUUGUCGGUUGGCGUUCAACUGUUGGUCGUUGGGUUCGCAUCGAGGGCAUCACCGUGCUGGGUGAGGAUGUUAUCGUCAAAGAUGAGCUUUACGUUAAUGGAGGCCAAGUCCUGCCACAUAAAAGUAUUGCUGCCAGUGUCCCAGAGCCACAGAUCAUCAUGUGAGCCGAAGGUGUAUGGAUUAGUGUAAAACAAUAUAGUUUUAUUCAAUUCCGCCGUUUCGGUAUUCUAUAAAGGUGCCUUCUCCUUUAAUGGUCUUACCUACAACUUGAAAAAUUCUCUCGUUAAAGAGAACAUAUGAGAAACAUUUCCAACAAUUAGCUUUGCUAUCUAUUUAAAAACUAAAGCUCAAUAUUCUUCUCUAAUGAAGGUGGAACAUCUGACUUAUAGUCUGAAUAUAAUGCAUUAGCCGAACUAUUUUGUACUUUCAUAAGCGAAGUAUAUUUUUAAUUUUUUAAAUUCUAUGCGUUAGUUAAAUAUACAUACGUAUUUACGAAAAAAUUACAAAAUAUAAGCCAUUUUUAUUUUUAACAUAGGAAAAAAACCUAAAAAUUUAUACCAAUAAUAUUUAUGUUUAAAAAGUUUAUAAACAAUAUAAUUUUGUUGAGGGACAAAGUUUGAUUUUCUGUCGGGUUAUAAUUUCAAUUGUAUUUCAAAUUUGAUAACUCCAUAGUUUGUUAAAGAAUUGGAAAGUAAAAAUAAUAAAGGUAAAAAUAUAAAUUUUAAAUCAUAAAAUAAAUUUUAUUAAGUUUAUGAAUACUUUCCUUUUAAUAAGAAUGAGAAAUACAGAAAAAAUUGAAAAUAUAUACUUUAAAGUUGAGCUUUUUCAUAAUAUGGUACCCGUAGAGUAAAAGGGUAUAUUAAGUUCGUUGGAAAGUAUGAAUUUAUGAAAGAUGAUGGGUGUAGCAAGGACCAGUGUUUGUCAGCUUUGAUUUCUUCUUAUAGCUUGUCGGAUAGCCUGAUAUUUUCUCACCACAGGAGGGUAGAUUUGGUUUUGGUUUUAUGUAUUUAGUUCUUAAUGAAGAGGAUUAUUUACGUAUUGGACAGUCUAAUGCGAAUCAAAGACUAUUGGUUAUCAGUUCACAAGAUUUGUAGGUCAUUCGACAGUCUGUUUGUAUGAACGCUGAGAUCUCGAAAACUACUAAACUAUUGGACAAAUUCGUGAUUAUUGCAUUAAUAUAUAUAAAAAACCUUGGAUUUAAUUUUAGCAUUCUUGAAUUAAAUAAAAACUGUGAAAUUGA